AGAGAGUUCCUGCCAUUGGUGUUUUGUUAGAAAAUAUUAAUAUUUUCUCGCUCUCUUAUCUCAGGGGUUUAGUGUUUAAUAAAUACAAUACAUACUAUUUGUAAUGUUUAUUUUGACUAGAAACAUUUUAAUACAUUUGCGUUGUCUUUCCUUGAACAGGGAUAUUCAAACUUUGAGCAUUUUGUGUUAGAUGAUAGUUUUGGGACAAGUUUAGCUGAUUUUUCUUCUUAAAAGAAUAAAAAUAGCCAAAUUUACCUGUAUUGCCUCUCUUUAAGCGGGAGAUGAGGCGGUAGGGAGGACGACAUCAUGUAAAGUCAGCAACUAUAGACGGUGACGAUAGGAACAUAACAUAAGACGUUGGUAUUGAAGAGAUGAGAGGACAGCUGCCUGGCUUUAAGUCUCACUGACAUGGAGAACUAUAGCAAGGGUGACAAUGUGGAGGUGGAGCUGGAGGUAUCUGUCCCGGGCUGUCAUGACAACACUUCCAAGAUGGUGGUCAACCCCAACACCAAGAUGAGGGACAUCCUGACUGUUGCUCUGAACAAAUUCAAAACUGAGGAGCAGCAGUUAUGGAUUGGCUCAGGGCCUGCAGCAGUGAAGGCCGUGUCGUGUGUGGAGGUCAUUAAGCGGCGCAACAGAAACCUCCAGCAGAUAACCCAACUUGCUUAUAAGAGGGUUGAAGAGUACUGGGAGCCCAAGUUAGAAGGUUUGGACCGUCUGAGAGUCACGAGGGAAGUACCAACAGUUGUCAUUCUCCUCUCUAAACAGCCUCUGGAUCCCUCUCUUUCAGGCUAUCAAGCACCUGGCUCUCUGGGAGAUGACUUCUGUAAGCCAGAUGUGCAGCAGCGGCGGCGACGUAAGGAACCGAGAGGCAGGUAUGGAGACAAGAAUGUUCCCAGAGACCACAAGACCCAAAACAUGACUCAAGUAUAUAAAGGAGAAAAUGGUGAGAGAGGAAUGCCAGAGGAGGGAGAGGCGCUGAGAGGGGGACGAGGGACAAGAGGCAGGGGAAAGGGAGGACACAGGAUGGCAACAGAUGCUAGAAAGCGGUCAGAUAGUAGUGGUGGCGGUGGUGGUGGCAGAGGAAAACUUGGAAGAGGAUCAGGAGAAAUUACUGAAAUAAACAGCUAAAAAGAAAGAAAAAACUACUGCAGAAAUUUUUAACAGAAUAGUAAAUGGGAAAGAAGGAUGACAGGGAAGAUUGAUGAAUAGUGGCCAGUCAACCUAUUAUUUGAAACAUUUAGAUAUAAAACAUUAACUAUGCAGUACUGAUACAAAGAGAGAGAGAAAGAGGAAGAUGCAAAAGUUGUAGUAUAUAUGCUGGGAUGAGAAUCUGAACUAGUCAUCAUAAUACCACAGUUAUAACAGGUGGAAAUGAGAAAAGAUAAUAUACAAGUUAAUUCUUACAUGCAAUGGCUCCCUGAUUAUUGUUAUUCAUUGUGAAAAAACUGAGCCAUGGAAGAUUAUCUAAUGAAUGAAAUAUACAUCCUGGAAAUUACACAGGACCAUGAUGCUCAGAGUGAAGACAUUAUACUAGACGUUUAUUUUGAAGAUAUAAAUUAAAUAACAGACCAGGGCCAGUGUAAAAGUCAUCAUAUACAAAGUGAAUAUUCUGAGAUGGUGAAAAAUGAUGUACAGUACAGUGGUGAAAAUAAUAUUGUAAGGCAGUGGACAUUGUAGGACAGUGACAAAUGUUCAAAGUGAUGAAUACUGUACUGUAUUAUGAGGCAGUGGUGAACGUUGUGAGACAGUGAUAAAAUGUUGUAAAGCAUUGAUGAAUAUUUUAAGUUAUGAGUGUUCUAGGGAGGUGUUGAACAUAGGGAGGUAGUAACAGGCUUUUUUUUUAUGACAGAAUUGAACAUUGUAACACAGUGAACAAUAUUGGAGUGUUUGGGAUGAGAGAUGAACCGUGUGACCUAAAGUGUUAUUGGUGCAUUUUAAUAUCCAGUGGUUGUGAGAACAUUUAGUACAGGUAAGUUGCAUCAGGGUAAGAAAACAAAGGUAGAGUUGUUCUGUAUUGCUUGGGACUGAAUUUUUCAGUUUAAAAUAUUUAAGAUGUGAAUGUGACUCAUACUGACUGUCAAUUAUUUAAUGUGAGAAUAAUACAUUGUGAUGAUUUGGGAUGUGACUAGAUGAAGCAAAAGUAAUAAAUGUUGUCUAUUCUUU